AUGCAUGAUGACUACUUCAAGAUCCUCUCUGAGUUCUCCCGUGGAAAUGUUCUCGGAGACUUGGCCACCGAGGGGCUACCUCACGAUGUUUUCAACCAGGGAUACUUCGACAGGUUCUUUAGGAAGAUCCCACCAUACGUGUUGGGAAGCGGUGCUCAUGCUCAGGUUUACAAAGUCAUGCAUGUCCUCAAGGACGUCCAGCUUGGUGUUUAUGCUGUAAAGAGGAUAAACGUCGGAGACCAUCUGCUGUAUGUAGACCAGGUGCUCAAUGAGGUGCUCAUCUUGUACGAGCUAUCUGUGAAGGGAGCUAACGAAAACAAUUUGAUCAGAUAUAACCACGUGUGGAUGGAGUUGGGCGACCUCAAGGACCUGGAGACGAUCUACUUAUCUGACAAGAGCGGGUAUGGGCAACGGAUGGGUGAGAAGGUUCCCUAUGUCUAUAUCCUUCAGCAGUACUGCGGAGGCGGCCACUUGGAAAAUCUAGUGGUGAAGAAUUUCCAAAAGGAGCAGUUCAUGACGGCGAAGGAGAUACUCGAGGCGGAACGAAAGAAGAGAAGAAGACGGCGACUCCCCGAGGAUACUCGUUCUGAAGACGAUACCCCAAAGAAGAAAUGGCUCAAUGAAUUUGAGAUCUGGAAAUUGUUUAGGGAUAUCGCCAAGGGCGUCCACUACUUGCACUCACAUGGGAUUCUUCAUCGCGAUUUGAAACCCUCCAACUGCUUACUCGAGUCAACUUACGACCCUGAAGCCUACAGAAACAUAAGGUUUGAUACUCCGGCUCAACUCGACGACGUUAUUGCUAAUAUGCCCAAAGUUCUAGUAUCGGAUUUUGGAGAAGGCAAGUUCAUUGAUAAACAAUAUUUGGCAGAUCAAUCUAUCCGAAUCGAGGAUGAUCUCGCUAGCGAGCUGAGAGGCAACACAGGCACCAUCGAGUUCACAGACCCGAGAUUGUGGACUUACGCAAAGACCUCAUUGAAGGCCCGCCGGGGGCUGAAGUUGGCCAAUAGCUUCAGCUACAACAGCGAUAUAUACUCGCUCGGUAUGAUCCUCUGCUAUAUUUGCGCCGGAGCUCUCCCGUUUACUGAUCAAUUAACAGACCAAACAGAUCCAGAACGUAUAAGGAGAGAUAUCUCCAAGUGGUAUGAGUCGAUUUCUCCAGAGCUGUUCCAUUAUUGGUUUCAAGACAAAUUAUCAUCGACGGCAGGCGUCUCUGACGCAACUGAAGAUUUUGAGCUUUUAAUCUACAUGAUGUUGAAAGGUAACUCCGAGUCUCUUGAUGUCACGUCAAGGACUGUUAUUGACUAUCUUGAGUCCAUGAAAUGGAAGCAUUUUUUGCAUGCAAAAAACAGAAAGACCAGUAUCUCUGAAGUUGCGUCAGAAGAUGAUGAAUCUAUAAAAGAUGUCGACGUUCUUGAUUUGCGUGAAGAGGUCAAGGAUUCUGUUAUUGCAGACAAACCGGUAAUUAUUGCCUCAACAUGGUACUACCUGCCUGUCAUCUUCCAUCUUGUUCAGAUUUUAAUCCUAGAGUACACAGAGCAGGCAUAUUUGAAAAUCAGCAGAGGUGUCAAGUUCCUUAAUCUCAUAUGCCUAGCUAUGAUGGCACUUCAAGUGAAUCCCAAUUUGUAUUGGCCAUCAUUCUACUCGUGCGUGGUGGUGCUGCUGAUAUGCGACAUUUUCUUUUUCGCAGCCUUCGUGCAACUGUUGAUGUGA